AUGGGGCAAUCGAUAAGUGGUUUGAUGAACGGAAGGAGGAAGAAGUGAAAGGAGGAAUGGUGCUUUGCUUUAGGUGUCAGUCUUAUAGCCGCCUUCGUGUAAUUGAGGUGGAUAUUUGUGAAAAUGGGUGGCAAUGAGAGUAUCUUAACAACUGAACAAUUGGAAGAGUACGCAGAAUUGACAUAUUUGACUAAACAUGAGAUUCAUUACAUUUUCAAACGGUUCUUGAAAAUCGGACCAUCCCAGAUAAAUGGAGAUUUCCAUUUCCGAUUUAAUUCUCACUACAUUAUGGAGGAAUUUCCGCAGUUGAAGUUCAACCCAUUCCAUAAUGAAAUCUUCAAGGUUUUCUCAUCCCAGAAAGAUGGACAUUUUUCCUUUGAGGACUUCCUAGAACUGUGCUCUGUUAUGUCGGAAAAUUGUCCUCUUAAAGUUAAAUCUGCUUGGGCAUUUAAGAUGUUUGACUUCAAUGAAGACAAUGAAAUCUCCCAAGAGGACAUCAAUGUCCUUCUGGAUCGUCUAACAGCCCCAUUGAAACUUCCAGGUGAAGACAAAGAUCACAUUUCGGAUACUCUCUUGAAAGAAAUGGACCUUCAGCAUACGGGAAGCAUGAGUCAAUUGGAAUUUCUUCAUGCUAUGAGCAAGAUGCCUGAAUUUGUAACUGCAUUUUCCUUUCGUCCCUGAAAUACUACCCCAAUCGAUGAUUCAUUUUCACGCGAAAGAAUUUCAUUGAACACUCUUUUUUUGCUUUGUGACUUCUCAAGUGCCAUUAACAAUGUGAUAUAUCUUAUCAAUUUCACUGGAAAUUGCUUUUUUUUUUACUUCAAUGAAACUUUCGAUAGAAAGGUUCCAGGAAAAUUUCAAGAAGAGACAGACACAAUUAGAUCAAUCUGAUAAGAGAAAUAAAAUAUCUUCUUAAACCAAUAAGAUAGUAUAAGAUAUGUAAAGAUUGAAUAAUUCUCUAUAAAGUCUAUAAAAAUCUAUAAAAUAUUGAAGUCAUAAAUCAUAGUUAAUUUGAAUUGCUUUCUGAUAAGGUUAUUUGCAAAGAUUACAAAUUGUUUUAAUAGUGUAAUUAUUUUUAAAUAUAUUGUAGAUAUUCAAGAAAACAAACUCUCUUCCCAUACAAAACCAUGUUUUUUGGGAUUGCACGAUAACGUGUCGUUUGAUUUUUCGUUCUUAUACGAAAAUACCCUUGAGCCAUUCCUAAUAACGUAUUUUCAAGGUCAAAGGUUAAAAAGGCUCUAAAGACCGUAUUUCUCAGGCGAACGGUAUCAUGUAUGCAGUCAUUGGAAAGGUCUUGGAAUUUCCGAUAAAACUACAUAGAUUCCAAACGUUUAUAAAUCGGUAAUGAACCGAUACAUAACCAGUAACUCAUUUUUAUCCAAAAAACAAUUCUAUUACUUUAAAAAAUAUUUUGGGGGAUCUUUUGAGUGAUAUAUGAAUCGGUUCAAAUCGGUUAAGAACCGGACAAGUAAAUCCUGUGAAAGUACUAGGGUAAAUUAGGCUAAUUCAAAACCUGUUCCAAAUGGAAAUUUUUUGCUAUUCCAAAUGGAAACGUCAUUGAUUUCAUGAUAAGUACAGUACCUACACAAGGGGUCUCGGUAGCUCAAUGGGCAAAGUGUUGGCUUUGUGACGCAGAGGCCCUCGGUUCGAUCCUUGAUCGAAGCGCGUCCGGUGAAUAAUUGGAAAACAGUUUUUCACCGUCCUUGAAAGCUACAAACUGAACGCAAAAAUAUCAAGAAGGGAAGUAUGAUAAAAGAUAAGGGAGCAAAAAAAGGAUUUGUGAUGGAGCAAAAAGAAAAAUGAUAAGGAGAGAUGAGUAAAUAAAAGUGAGCGAAAUGGCUAUAUGGACCUGAUUGAGUCUGACAGCCAAAAACAUAAAAAUAAGAGAGAGAGAGUACCUACACAGUAAAAAAUUGUGUGAGAAAUAAGGUUGUGUAUUUGAAAAGUUGUGUAAAUUCACAAGCAAUAUGGUUGUAAAUUGUAAAAUUACUAUCAUAGUGGUGGUACGAUACUAACAUUAAUGCUAGUAAAAUUAUGUAAUGUGUAAGGAAAUUUGUGUAUUGGAAAAUUUGUGUGAGAACUGUCAAAAUUCUAUUGUUUACUAUUGCAAUUUUUCUAAGAUUUCAGAUAGAUUUUGCAUUUUUAACUGCCUAAUUGUCUUCUGGAAUCAUUCAUUGGAUUCUUAAAAUGUGCCUCAGUCGUGAAAAAUUAGGAAUAAUUAUGUAAUAACAGAAAACAGAGGAAGCAUCAUGUAAAUUAGAAAAAUUGACGAUGCAGCUCUUGGCCAUUUGCUGAAGAGAAGUAAGCAAGUCGGUAGCGCAGGCAGAAAACACGAGACCAUCAACGCAAAGAUUAUGGGUUCAAGUCUCAGACUCUCUCUUAUUUUUUUUCCUUUUUUAUUCUUUUUUUCUUAGUUUAAUACCGAGGCAUAUCACAGAUAAUACAAAUAAACCGAACAAAAUUGCUCUACAAUCAAAAUUAUAGACAGGAAGCCAUUUUAUAAAAUUGAAAAUACACAACUUUGCCAAUACACAACAUUUCCAAUACACAAAAUUUACAACCAUAGCGCUCGUGCAAAAAUUACCAAUCGUAGUGGUUGUAAAUUUUUUUACUGUGUACUAAUUACUAUAUAUAUUUUCUAUACCACAGUUUCAUUAUUUAGUUAAUUUUGCUCCAAAUAAAGCGAAAAUCCAUUCAUAUUCACAAA